UAUCGCUCAGUACGAGUACACCGGACGCCUUAUCCUUUAAGCCAAGGCCAUUUAAACAGUUCAAUUUUUGUUUAAUCUACUUUUAAAUCAAGUGCCUAAAUCUUCAUUCUCGGUACUUUUAUAGAUUUAAUAAAUAAAAAACUUAUCAUUCCCGAACCCCAGACUAAAAGGAAGGAAAAUAGUAACAAAUAAUACCAAAUCUUAACAAUAACGAAAACCGAAGUCAGAAUAUCGUUAAUGCGGUAGAAAUUAUUUAGUUGUGCAUUAUUACGAUUUGUCAAAACCGAUUCACCCAAAAAAAGUUCCAAGGUAAUACACACAAAAACAAUACAGUCGGAUUGACCUCCUGUUUUUUUAAAGUUGUUAAAAAUCGUGCUCCUUGCAUCGCUCUUCUCAUUACUGAGUCUAUAUCAUUCUUUCAUGUACAAUUGUUCUUCAUCUGCUGCGAUUCUUGGCUUUGUGGAGGGCAUCUUGUAGCCUGAUCAAACGAACUUUACCGAGAGCAGUAGGCUAAUGAUUAUUAACCCUGAUUCGGGAUUGCAUUCAAUAUUGAUAUUAUUAAUCAUAUUUGCGGUGCGUGUCAUCAGAGCUUUGAACAUCUGGUCCUUUUUUACGAAUAAGAUACAAAUUCAACAUUUUAGGUUGUAAAAAUGUGCAUAGCCUACAGUUCCUUACAAUAGCACAUAAAAAAAACCAUACCGAAUCCACAUAUAAAAUAAAAGAUAGAAAUUACAAUUUGUACUCAACUAACACCCAGAUAAUAACAUAAGACCAGACUUUUAUCUAAUAAAUCAGUCAAGAUAAAUUAAGCGACGUAAUCAAACAGAUAAUGGAAAUAUUGAACACGUUGAGCACAUCAUUAUUAAAACGGUUUCGGUAAUUCAUAAUGAAUUACAAAAUUUAUUAUUUUCUUCUAAUAACUUUUAGCGUAGUUAACGCUGUUAAAGAUUACAAUGGAUACAAAGUAUACAGAGUGGUACCGAGGACUGAAGAUGAUGUGAAGCUUUUAGAAGAAUUCAGGAGGACGUCGGUGGGAGAGUUCUGGGAUGAUAAUCUGGUUGUUAAUUAUAGAGUAAACAUGAUGGUGCCAGGUGAUAUGCAGGGGUUAUUCCUGAAUUCCACUCGUCAAACUAUGAUUGAGGUUGAAGAAGUGAUACCGGAUUUACAAAAGGCAAUAGAGGACCAAUUAAAACCCGCAACCGGAUUUAGAAGUUCGGAAACCUUUCAUGGCUAUAGCUGGGACAGGUAUCACAAUUUAGAAACAAUAAAUACUUGGAUGAAUACCUUAGUACAAAAUUAUCCUGGUAUAGUACGACCAGUUGUUAUGGGAAGAUCAGUUGAGAACAGAGAAAUUAGAGGUAUCAUCAUCAAUUAUAAGCCAGAAAAGACUAAUAAGCUAAUGGGGAUCCUGGAAGGAACUCUUCAUGCUAGAGAAUGGAUCGCACCGGCUACUGUAACAUGGAUAGUCAAAGAGUUUUUAACUAGUACAGACCCGCAAGUCAGGGCAAUGGCUGAGAACAUUGAAUGGCAUGUAUUUCCAGUGGUUAAUCCUGAUGGAUAUCACUAUAGCUUCACAACUCAUCGGAUGUGGAGGAAGAAUCGUAGCCCUGAAAGUUUUGGAACCUGUGAGGGAGCCGAUGACGAUAUGAGCCAUGGAGUAGAUUUGAAUAGAAACUUUGAUUUUGUUUGGAUGUCUGUAGGAGCAUCAAAUAAUCCUUGUUCUAACACUUUUGCGGGACCGAGGGCAUUUUCUGAACCCGAAUCUAGAGCCAUAUCUCAGUAUGUCCUCAACUUGAAAGAACAGGGAGAGAUAAUAUACUAUCUUGCUUACCACUCCUAUACUCAACUCAUAGUGAUUCCGUACAGUCAUGUGACUGGAUCUGACGUUCUGCUUGCCAAUAAUUAUGCUGAUAUGUAUGAAAUUGGUAUACGAAGUGCCGAUGCUAUCGCAAAAAGAUACGGUACAGUUUAUAGGGUCGGCGUUUCGUCGGAAAUCCUGUAUCCCAUUAGUGGCGGCAGUUUUGAUUGGGUCAAGAAAGUGGCAGAUGUACCUAUCACUUUCUUGAUUGAGCUGCGUGAUCUUGGAGAAUACGGGUUUCUUCUUCCGCCAGAACAGAUCAUCCCCAACAACCUUGAAACUAUGGAUGGACUUAUCGAGAUGGAUCGCGUGACUAAGCUUCUUGGCUAUUACUCGGCUGGUGCAAUUAGUAAAGUAAUUUCUUUGUCUGUUUUAAUUUUGUGCUCAAUGGUUAUAGUUUUAUUUAAUUAAUUUUUAAUUAAAUUAUUAGACUAA